GCUAACACUUGGGGAUAUCAAACUUAAAGAAGCUCACUGGACAGGUCCGGGUAUGUGGUUUUAUUUUUGGUGGUGGUUCUGUAACUAAUGUGCUCUUUCGUAUCAAGACUUGCCUCAUCAGGGUUGGAUAAUGACUUGUCCCUAUUCUUCACUGGACCAAGCCUAAUAGGCAUGUACCCUGGACCUGAUAGAGUGAUCCGUGCUGGGUCUAUGAUGGAAAGCCAGAUACAACAGGCUGCGGUGGUUCUCGACUUCUAAUGUUGAGAAUCCAUGGAAUGGAAGGGCUCAUCCAUAGACAGUAUUUUGCCACCAUGGUGCCUGUGUUACUGAUUCUUAUGGGAGCUUUGGCAACACUGCAAGCUGACGUACUUUCUCAUCAAAAGUUUUUACUUCUACCACCUGUCAAUUUUACCAUUAAAGCCAUUGGAUUAGCUCAAGUUCUUUUACACUGGGACCCAAAUCCUCACCAAGAGCAAAGGCAUGCUGAUCUAGUGUACCAUGUGAAAAUAAAUGCCCCACAAGAAGAUGAAUAUGAUACCAAAACGACUGAAAGCAAACAUGUGAGCCCCCUUCAUGAAGGCUUUGCAGCUAGUGUGAGGACCAUUCUGAAGAGCAACCGUUCAGACUGGGCCAGCAGUUGGGUUUCUGCUGAACUCAAAGCACCACCAGGAUCUUCUGGAACCUCGGUUAUGAAUUUAACUUGUACCACAAACACUGUCACAAGAAGCCACACCCACUUAAGGCCAUACCAAGUGUCUCUUCAUUGCACCUGGCUUGUUGGCAAGGAUGCCCCUGAGGACACACAGUAUUUCCUAUACUACAGAUUUGGUGUUUGGACUGAAGAAUGCCAGGAAUACAGCAGAGAUGCACUGAACAGAAAUACUGCAUGCUGGUUUCCCAGGACAUUUAUCAACAGCAAAGGGUUUGAGCAGCUUGCUGUGCACAUUAAUGGCUCAAGCAAGCAUGCUGCAAUCAAGCCCUUUGAUCAGCUGUUCACUCCGCAUGCCAUUGAUCAAGUGAAUCCUCCAAUGAAUGUCUCAGUGGAAAUUAAAAACAAUUCUCUCUACAUACAAUGGGAGAAACCACUUUCUGCCUUUCCAGGCCAUUGCUUUAAUUAUGAAUUGAAAAUUUGCAACACAAAAAAUGGGUGCGCUCAGAUGGAAAAGCUGAUCACCAAUAAGUUCAUCUCAAAAAUUGAUGAUGUUUCUACAUAUUCCAUUCAAGUGAGAGCAGCUGUGAGCUCACCUUGCAGAAUGUCAGGAAGUUGGGGCAAGUGGAGUCAACCUAUCUACGCGGGAAAGGAAAGGAAGCCCUGGGUAGAAUGGCAUCUCAUCGUGCUCCCAACAGCCGUCUGCUUCGUUUUGUUAAUCUUCUCACUCAUCUGCAGAGUGUGUCACCUAUGGACCAGGUUGUUUCCACCAGUUCCAGCCCCAAAGAGUAACAUCGAAGAUCUCCUUGUGGUGUCUGAAUAUGAGAAACCUUCGAAUGAAACCAAAAUUGAAGUUGUACAAUGUGUGGAAGAAGUUGGAUUUGAAGUCACGGAAAAUUCCAUGUUUUGAUGGCAUUGCGACAUUCUGAAAUGAACUCAUACAGGACUCUGUGAUAAGAGCAAGACUGAUAUUUCUUGGCAAGGAGGUAUUUCAAACGAACACUCAGUUUGAUUUCAAGUCACCAACACAUCCAGACACAUGAGUCAUCAAUGUACCAUCUCUUAUAAUGUGCAUACCUCACCCAAACCUCCUUCCAGAGCAACAGAUUCAUCCGGGCAUGGGCCCUUGGUUUCCUACACAGAGUACCACGUUGCUUGGUUAUACCAAUGUGUCUUUGCAAUUUGCAUGACUUACCUUGAACUCUUUGAACAGGAGACAGUUUUUCAAGCUAAGGUCACACAUGUUUACUUUGGGUUAAGUUGCCAGGGAUAGCACUCAGCUAUAUUGACAGGAAGAAAAGGUGGAACUCAUCCAGAAUCAACUCAAAUAUAAGAUUGUCUUUCCUGCAGCAAGUGGGAGACACAAUUUCAUGAUGCUUUUCCCCUUUGAGUUCUAGAAUACUUUUCUUCCUAGAACUGUGCCUAUGUUUUAAGGCAUAGGAUGACACGGAGGUGGAAACAAAGAGUAUGUACCAUUUGUUUCUAUGUUCCACAGGCCUGUUCAAGGAAACAUCUAAGCCAAAGUAAGUUUAAAAACAUGCACUAAGUCAUCAUGACUGGGGCUGAGGAGAUGGCUCAGUUAAUAAAGCAUGAGGGCCUGAGAUUGAUCAACCAGCAUCAAGGAAAAAUAAAAACAACAACAAUGACAAAAAUAGUGCAAACAGAACAUGACUAUAAUCCUAGAGUUGGGAAACAAAGAGAAGAGGCUCCAUGGGAGUUGUUGGCCAACCGUUUAGCCCAAUAGGUUGUUUCUAGGUUCACUGAGAGAUAUAGUCUUAAAAAUUUAAGGUGGAGAGUGACUGGGGAGAACCCCUGAUACUGACCUCUGCCCUACAUAUACAUACACAUGUACACACACGAACAUACAC